GGUGGCCCCGCCCCCGACGCUGUCGUGACGUCACGGGCGCCGGAAAAUCGACGCGAGAGGCCGGGCUGCGCGGCCGCUUUACGGCUGCUGGGCGUCUGCCGCUCGGCUGGAAAGUGCCUCCCACGCGCUGUCGUGAAAAGGGUGUUUUGCCUGUAUGUAUGUAAGCGCGCCACGUUCAUGCCUGGUGUCUUCAAAGGUUGUCGGAUCCCCUGGAACUGGAACUGUGUGACGCUUUGAGGCCAAAGUAGGGUGCUGGGAUGGAACCUGUGCCCUCUGAAAGAACAAGUGCUGGUUAACUCCUGAGACACAGCUUCAGAUUUCUCAGGUACUGGUGUUUAGGCAGAUCUCAGUAAAAUGACUCUUCAGGAGUUGGUGCGACAGGCUGCCUCCAUGUAUUUGGAUAGAACAGCUGUGUGUUUUGAUGAAGGCAACAGCCAGCCUCCAACAUGCUACACCUACAAGACUCUGCUGAGUGAGGCUUCAGAAUUAUCCAAUUUUCUGUUAGCACACUGUGACUUUGGAGGACUUCGGGAAAUUGGUCUCUACUGUCAACCUGGGAUAAAUGUACCCUCCUGGAUUUUAGGGGUUCUCCAGGUCCCAGCAGCUUAUGCACCUAUUGAUCCAGACUCACCACUGCCGGUAUCAACUCACUUCAUGAAAAAAUGUGAUCUUCAGUAUGUUCUCGUUGAAAAAAAGCAGGUUAAUAAAUUCAAAUCCUCUUAUGAAACGAUUUUGAACUAUGAUACCGUUUCAGUGGAACAUAAGGACCUGGUGCUCUUCAGACUGCAUUGGGAAAAUGGUGAGGUGAGCUGGAUACUCAGUGAUAGAGAAGAUAAUUACAAGAUAAAUGAUAGAAAAGACAGCAGGAAUUGCGGGAACAGCAUUGAGGAGAAGGGACACAUGGAUGUGCGGCAAGAGCAUUGCUUGGCUUAUGUCCUACACACCUCAGGGACCACAGGGACACCGAAGAUCGUCAGAGUGCCUCAUGCAUGCAUACUGCCAAAUGUCCAGCACUUCCGGGUACUUUUUGGCGUCACCCAAGAAGAUGUUUUGUUUCUGGCUUCACCUCUGACCUUCGAUCCAUCUGUUGUGGAAAUAUUUGUUUCUCUGUCCAGUGGGGCCUGUCUGCUUAUCGUACCAACUUCUGUCAAAGUGCUCCCAUCAAAAUUAGCUGAGGUUCUCUUUUCCCGCCACAGAGUGACUGUCCUACAGGCAACACCAACAUUGCUGAGAAGAUUUGGAUCUGAGCUCAUCAAGUCCACUGUCCUGUCAGGGCACACUUCCCUGAGAGUGCUAGCCCUUGGCGGGGAAGCCUUCCCCUCACUGACCAUCCUCAAAAGCUGGCGAGGGAAAGACAACAGAACGCAAAUAUUCAAUAUUUACGGUAUCACAGAAGUAUCCAGUUGGGCAACUUUUUACAAGAUCCCAGAGGAGACUCUUAAUUCUGCUGUGAAACAUGAACAUACUGUGCAGCUGGGAUCUCCACUACUAGGAACAGUGGUUGAAGUCAGAGACACAGCUGGCUCCUCGGUUCACGAAGGCACUGGACAAGUAUUUUUAGGUGGGAAGAACAGAGUCUGCUUUCUUGAUGAUGAAAUAACAGUGCCCCUCGGCACCAUGCGAGCCACAGGAGACUUUGUGACUGUGAAAGAUGGAGAGAUAUUUUUCUUGGGAAGAAAGGACAGCCAGAUCAAGCGCCACGGCAAACGUCUUAACAUUGAGCUUGUACAACAGGUGGCUGAAGAACUUCACCAGGUGGAAUCCUGUGCAGUGACAUGGUAUAAUCAGGAGAAGUUGGUUCUCUUCGUCGUAUCCAAAGUUGAUUUAGUAAAGGAUUACCUCUUUAAAGAAUUGCAGAAACACCUCCCAUCGCAUGCCCUCCCUGAUGACGUGGUGUUCAUUGAUACUCUACCAUUUACAUGCCAUGGUAAAAUUGAUGCUUCUGAGUUAAACAAGAUAUAUGUAGACUACAUAAACUCACAGCCUAGGAAUAAGCUCCAUGGAAAAGGGGAACUCUGGGAAAAAUUGCAGUAUUUAUGGAAGUCUAUUCUGAGUCUCCCUGAGGAUCCCAUGGUUCCCGACAACUCCGUCUUCUUAGCUAGUGGUGGGGAUUCCCUCAAGUCCACGUGGCUCCUCAGUGAGCUUGAAAAACUUACCGGUACAUCCAUACCUGGCCUUCUGGAAGUUAUUCUCAGCAGUUCUAUCUUAGAGGUUCACAACCACAUUGUUCAGACUGUGUUCACACAUGGGGACCUGAAAGUCGACAGGAGUUAUGCCACAAAAAGGAAACUCAGUGACACCUAUCCAGAGGAAGCCAGCAGGAGGCCUGCACGUCUGGAGUCUGCCUUGCCUUCAGACCUCAACAGUGAGACAAACGCUUUGAUUGCUGUGAGCAGAGGGAGUCAGGUUUUGUCUCUGGGCCCUGGGAGGCUUUUGCCUAAGUUAGGACACUGCUCUUCCAUCUGGCCUCUGGAUUUAAUUCCACAGAGUAACCCUCAAAUAUUAAAAAGCGUAAAUCCUCCAGCUCCUGAUGAAAAGUUGAAAAAGCCACCGGCUUCUCAGGAGGGGAGCCCUGCGGCCAGGGCUAAGACAGUGGUGCUGCGUGAGAGGUGGCGGUCAGACACAGGCAAAUGCGUCGACGCUUCCCCGCUGCUCGUGAUGGCAGCUCUGGAUAAGUCGCCCACAACCGUGUAUAUCGGCUCCCACUCGCACUGGGUGAAGGCAGUGGACCUUUUCUCUGGGAAGAUGACGUGGCAACAGCUUUUGGGAGAUCGAAUUGAAUCCUCAGCAUGCGUGUCAAAGUGUGGAAACUUCAUUGUAGUGGGCUGUUAUAAUGGAUUAGUUUAUGUUCUAAACAGUAAGAGUGGAGAAGAAUAUUGGACAUUUUCUACUGAAGAUGCUGUGAAAAGCUCGCCAGCCAUGGAUCCAACUACAGGACUCAUUUAUGUGGGGUCUCAUGACCAGCAUGCAUAUGCUCUCGACAUUUAUGAAAAGAAGUGUGUCUGGAAGCUAAAGUGUGGAGGAACGCUCUUUUCUUCUCUGUGUUUGAGCCUGCGUCCAUACCAUCUGUACUGUGCCACACUCGGGGGACUCCUCCUGGCUGUAAAUCCUGCUGCUGGGAGCAUAGUUUGGAAGCACCCCUGUGGAAAGCCGUUGUUCUCUUCUCCACGGUGUUGCCAGCGGUACGUCUGCAUCGGCUGUGUGGACGGCAGUUUGCUCUGCUUCACUCACUCGGGAGAGCAGAUUUGGCGCUUCUCUGCUGGAGGACCAAUCUUCUCAUCCCCGUGUAUCUCGGCAUCAGAACAAGAAAUAUAUUUUGGUUCUCAUGACUGCUUUCUCUACUGCUGUAGUGUGGAAGGUCACCUCCAGUGGAAAUUUGAGACUACAGCCAGGGUAUACUCAACACCGUUUGCUUUCCGUAAUCCCAGCCGUAGCAGUGAAACACUGCUGGCAGCUGCAUCUACUGACGGGAAACUGUGGAUCCUCGAGUCUCAGAGUGGAGAGCUACAGAGUGUGUAUGAGCUCCCUGGAGAAGUGUUCUCUUCUCCUGUGGUCUGGGGGUCAAUGCUUGUUAUUGGGUGCAGAAAUAACUAUAUUUACUGUCUGGAUUUAUUGUGUGCUCAUGAAAAUAAUCAGGUGUCAUCCUUAUAAGUGUGAAUGUGUGAGAUGGUGGGAAAUGUCAUUGUAAAGAUAUGUGGAUAGUUUUAUAUUAAAGAUUCUAUUUUGGUUAAGGAA